UUUGUUUGCCCCGCUGGUGCGGUUCAUUUGGGCAGGAGUCCCUUUUUGAAAGCUGGAAUACAACGAGAGUUGGGAUGGCAUUACUGAAGGCAGUAAGAUAUCUGGUUGUUCUUCUGGUUAUAUACUACAGUAUGGAGGAUCACAGAUACAGAGAGUCUCUGAAUCUAUUCUUUGAGGAAUUGAUGGGUACAAAAGCAUCAGACAUUCAUGCCAGAGAAAAAAGACAGGCUCCCUUGAGUUCCACUGAUUAUGUACUCAAAAUUGUUAUCAAUACCACUGACCCGACACUUGUCGAAAAGGUUUUGAGUGAACUUCCUUCAGGGAUCAACCUGAUCAACAACACUUCUGUAAUUACCAGCAUCAACAUCAUAACAGUGUGUUCCCCAAAUAUGUCUGCAUACCAGUGCAGAUGUGUAGAGAACUAUGCUUGGUCGUAUAACACCUGCAUUGCCCUAAAUGCCUGCGAUGCCAUCAUUGAUAACACCUGUGGAUGCAUUAAUUCCCUUCCACCUGAUGGCCAGUACUGUGAGCUAAACACCAGUCAAACAGACCCGGUGGACUUUGAUUUGGUCCUGGAUUUGCGCGUCCCAGUCUCCAAUGUGCCAUCAAAUUUCAUUGAUAUAUUCAGGCAAAAACUGACGGCCUUAACGUUGCCCCUUCUCACUGGAUCUUUAAAUAUAAUAGACAUAACUUUCACCACAGGGUGCUAUCCAAACUCCACUGGAGGACUACAGUGUGAGUGUGAGAACCAGUUUGCUUGGCCAUGUGACAAGUGUAACAGCUACGGUGCGUGCAGUAAUGCUAGCAGUCAAACCUGUGAGUGCAUUAAUGGACUUCCUGAUGGAGAGUUCUGUGAACCAAUCACAAAUGUCACUCAAUGUCCAACUUCGACUGUGACACCGACAACACCAAACACAACAAUCCAAAACAUGACGACGUCAAACACAACACAGGCAACGCCAACAACCUCUAUGAUAACAACACCAAUAACAGCAAACACAACAAAACCAACGGCAACAUCAACAACCCAAAAAAUCCCAACAUCAAACACAACCACAGCGGUAAGCAACUUCUUUACCAUGGCUAUACCUUUUGAGGAUUCAUACAAUAAUGAAAACAGCAGCAUUUACCAAGACUCUAUAAACGCUAUUAAAACCCAAAGUGCUAAUUACAUCCCAAAUAUUAAACAAAUCAAACUACAGUUCCGGAGCGGAAGCACCAUCGGUGACUAUACUAUAACAGCAAGUUCUGUUCCAGCAACUGUUAUAGACUCUGUGAAUAUAGGGAUACUUAUAGAGCUGGCAAAUAAAUACUCAAUGGUAUACACAAGCCAAAAUGUCUUAAAGUUUGACCCACUUCAAGUAUUUCUUGGGGGAAGCGUAACUAUAACAUGUGGCCCACCACCAGCAAAUCUUAAUUUAAGUAGCGGCUGGACUGCAGAGUGGACACACAAUGGAACAGGAAUACCCGGAGAUAAUCUACACGUGUUAGCACAACAGAAUGGGACGGCAACGCUAAGUGUGUCAAAAGCUGAUUUCACUGACAGUGGAGAUUAUGUAUGUACGCUAAAAAGCAACAACAUAGCGUUCAUACAGACUGGAACAUUCAACGUACAACAAAAACCCGUGAUCCUACAACAGCUUCAACAGCUGCUUGAGCAGUCUCAGAGCUUGAAUAGCAAUUCACUGCCAGGAUUCUUGCAACAACUCAGCGACACUACUACUAACUUGAGUCAGGCCGUGGUUACAUCUCCUGCAAACAUUAACGCCACUGUUGAAAUACUCAAGAAUAUAGCCAAAUUGAAUAUCCCAAUCAAUGAAACUUUAAUGACGGAUAUCCUUUUAGUUGCAGGUGUCCUCACCACAGAUGCAGCAAAAGGAUCAUGGAACUCUCUAAACAACAAAAGUGCCCAAAACAUCUCAGUAACAAGUAACAGCCCCCCAGCUAAAAGCGUCAGCUCAGAUCUAUUGCAGUCUCUUGAGACUAUAACAACAGUCCUUACCAAUGAUUCUUUUAACAUUGAAACACCGUCAAUUAUGUUGAACAAAACCAUCCUCACAGACAAUUUCAGUGCUGACUUUCCAUUCUCGAAUUCUUCUGUGGGGGUAAUCAUACCUGUCGCUAAUGGAGGACACAGGUCCAUCGCUGUGCUGUCAUUUGCCUCAAUGGAUACGCACCCUCCACGACUAUACACAAACAUCAAGAAUCAAUGCGUCAAUAACGUUUCAUUCACAUUUGCUGUCAAAAACGAUACUCUGGUGAACCCUAAGUGUGUUUUCUGGAAUUUCAGCCUCUUUAACAAUAUCGGGGGAUGGGACAACAAGGGCUGUGAGUUGGUACGAAACAUAAACAAAACCGUCACCUGCAACUGCAACCACCUGACGUCGUUCUCUAUCCUCAUGUCACCCUACAGUCAUAAUAGCCUCGUGCUGGAUUAUAUAACCUAUGUUGGAGUUUCCAUAUCCAUGGCUUCCUUGGUCAUAUGCCUGAUAAUUGAAGCUGUCAUUUGGAAGAAAAUAAGGAGAAACAACACAUCGUACUUGCGUCAUGUUUCCAUUGUUAACAUCGCUGUGUCUCUCCUGAUUGCAGACAUUUGGUUUAUUAUUGGGGCGGCUAUUUCAGAUGAUGACGAGAUAAACCAACCAGCGUGCAAUGCAGCUACAUUUUUUAUCCAUUUUUUCUACCUGGCCCUGUUUUUCUGGAUGUUAGCCUCAGGUCUGCUGUUACUCUACCGCACAGUCAAUGUCUUUGACGGGGGAUUGUCCAAAACAUCUCUGUUGGCUUUUGGAUUCACUCUGGGCUACGGGGCUCCUCUCAUCAUCGUGAUCAUAACUGUUGCUGUAACUGCACCCAAAAAAGAAUACAUCCAAGAAACUGGAGUUUGCUGGCUCAACUGGUACCAAUCCAAUGCUUUACUGGCCUUUGUGAUCCCUGCGCUGGUCAUAGUGGUGAUAAACCUUGUGAUCCUGUUGGUGGUGAUAUUCAAAAUGUUGAGGAGAAGGUCAAUGGGAGACGCUGUACAAGCAGGUGAAAGGCAUGUUCUGGUUGUCAUUGCCAGGACUUUGGCUUUCCUCACACCAUUCUUUGGAUUAACUUGGGGUCUGGGAGUUGGAACCAUGACCAAUCCAGACGAUGAAGGAAUCCUUAUUGCAUUCACAUUUUUUAAUUCACUGCAGGGUUUCUUCAUACUGGUGUUUGGAACGCUGCUGGACAAAAAGGUGCGGUCAGAAAUCACAAUAAGGUCACAAAAUUCCAGAACCGGGACCAGGAGCACCAGCGCUGGAAUCUCAAGUACAUGGGAAUUUUUCCGGAACUGGAGAAGAGGAAGAGACGGUUACAAUGUGUCAUCUGCUGCCUCCGGUGGAGCUCACUCCGCCGUCAACAUUUGAUGAUCUUUGCAGACAGUUUGGGUCAGUCAGAAUGACAACCAGCCAAGCGAACCAGCUGUUUCACACAUGUUCACACAUGUUCAGCCAGAGUUAGAAGUUAGAAGUAGUAGAAAGUUUUGAUGUUCGAUUUGAAGUAUAUUGUAACAUCCAAGAGUCAGGCUUGAUUUUUGGAAAAAUUAACAUUCAUACAGUAAUAGUUUGACUGAGUUUUGACAAAAAGAGUUUGUAUGUACGGAGAGCACAUAGGGAGGAUAGAUUUUGUGUGUGUGUGUGUGUGUAAAGAUUAUACUUAGGCACUGUUUUGACAUUUAAAAGUAUUCAUCAGCAACCAACAAAAUGUCCAGAAAGAUGCAAAACGUCUCUUGGCUUGGGUUUACUUUGCCAAUCAAAUCAGUUAGCCAAGGCUAGGCUGUCUUUCAUGGAUCUGUGAACUUGUUUACUCACAAAUUGACUUGGACAGGAUAAUCAGUCAAAUAAAAUUCCAUACAGGUAAACGAAGUGCCAGGAAAUACCCAGAGAAAAUGUAAAAUAUGGAGCCUUUUUUAAUAUGGAGCCUGUGCUGCUAUUUCAGUAUGCAAAAUCCCACUGACAGCCACGCCCCACUCUUCUCCUCUCAGAUCUCAACAUAGUUCUGUGUUCCAUUCAAGUGAAUGAGAAAGAUUUUUGACUGGUACUGUACUUACAGUAUUGUACAAGUCUAUUACUACCACGACUCACAGGUGCGUUUCAUAAAUUAGCGCCCCUAGCAGUUAGCAGGAACUACCACCAUAUAUCUAAACUCUUACGGUUUAAAACACAAACAUUGUGAAAUGGUCCCAGUUUGGUAAGGUUUAGGCACAGAAACUACUGGGUUAUGUUGACACACCAUCACCACUUAGUUAAGUUUAGAAAAAGAUCGUGGUUUGGGUUAAAAUCAGAUGCUACUUGACUUCCUGUUAUGCACUUGAUGCAGAACAUGACGUAGCUCAGUUUGUUUGUUUUUUCAAACAUGACUCUGAAACCCUGUUUGUAUUAGAAACUUGUUAAUGUCAUACUGUGUGUGUGUGUGUGUGUGUGUGUGUGUGUGUGUGUGUGUUACUACUUUCAGUGUCUAUUUUAUGCAGCAGAAUACUGUAGCACACUACUGAACAGAAGCCCAGCUUCAUCUGCAGUCUUUUAGCCGUUUGUGAUAUGGAUGUUAAAAUGUUUUGAAAACGGCAAAACAGCGGCUCAUGUUCCUCCGCACAAGGUUCAACAUGGACUCCGAUAUGUGUUUUAGUCUUAGGCUGAGCUGGUUUUGACAGCCAUGUCAGUAUUCAUGUGCACAAGGGCUCGGCAAUAAAAGCGUUUUGUCAUUUUAUUAAUUUGUGUUGUCCAAAUGAAGGAUUUCAAGCAAACUGUAUUUAAAAACUUCCAAAAUGAGUUCUUUUCAAGACAUGUAAAGGGAUUGAUUUCAUGUAAUGUAUAACAGAAGAACACAGUUCAUUGCAUUUAACAUUUUGACUAUUAUAUUUUGAUAGUUUUACCUGUGAUUUAUACUUAUAAUAUUGGUGAAAUGUCAAUAUUGUUAUCAACAUUGAGGUAUAAUGUAUCGCUAGCCCUAAGAGCAUUUGUUCGUUUGGGAAGAAGUGUGCAGGUACCCUGUUAAUGUGCUGUAACUUUUGUUCAUCGAAGUUAUUUUUGCUGUAUAUAGUUUGUAUAUCUUGGCAGUGAAAAACAAAGCAAAUAAGAUAAUUUGCAUUCAGCACACUUAUGCAAAACAAGUCUUCCACAAGCAUCUGGCACACUCCUAUUAUAGUCCUUCCUUACAGGCUACAAUAAAUACCCAACAAACUCAAGUUAUUUACUGCAUGUGUAGAAAUUGCACAAAAACCAACAACUUUCUUAUUGGUUUUCAGCACCUUACACAUUUGAGAUAUCUUCAAGUACUUUUCAAAUUUUUUUUUAAAUGUGCUGUAAAUAUUGUGUACUCUAAUUGCAUGUUGCAGCUAAUAUAUAGCGUAGUAGAAUCUGUACAAGAGCACAUGUAUCGCUU